UUUCAUUAGUUGAUUUGCUCUUAUCCGGUUGCAUUUGGGUCAUUGUCAGUUGUGAAAUAUUGCAAGAGUAAAAAUCCUCUAGAAUACAUACAGGUUAUAAUGUCAUCAGGCUUGUAUACCUGUAUCACGUGUCGUGUGGGGUUCCGGGAUGGUGACCUACAAAGGGCUCAUUAUAAAACAGACUGGCAUCGCUACAACCUCAAACGUAAGGUGGCAGAUCUACCUCCAGUGACAACAGAGGUGUUCAAGGAAAAAGUUCUCUCUCAAAGGGCCAAGGUAGAGGAGGAACAGAAGGUGCAGUCCCUGGUGUGUCAGCUGUGUAGUAAACACUUCAGUUCUGACAAUGCCUACCAGAACCAUAUCAGAUCAAAGAAACACAAGGAGCUCUCAACUAAAGCUCAACAACAGAGUAAUAAAACUAGUGACCAGGAAAACACUGAGGUACCCGCACAGAGACAGAAGGACUACAUAAACAAAAAGAUAAAAACCGACAUGGAAAAGGCACAGAGGCUGAGUGAGGAAGCCACAGGCCACAUGGAAGAAGACUCUGGUGAGGAGGAGUGGGAGGGGGAUGCCUUAGGACUGGAGGAGUGUUUGUUCUGUCCCUCUAUCAGCUCCUCACUAGAGAACAACAUUAACCACAUGUCUGUGAAGCAUGGCUUCUUCCUUCCUGACGCUGACUACCUGGUGGACUUGGAGGGAAUGAUUACAUAUCUAGGUGAGAAGGUUGGUGAGGGUCACAUGUGUCUGUGGUGUGGGGAGAGAGGGAGGACCUUCCACAGUCCCCAGGCCGUCCAGAAACACAUGGUGGACAAGGGACACUGUAAAAUCUUCUUUGAAAAAGAGGCUGCAUUGGAAUUUGCAGACUUCUAUGACUACAGGAGUAGUUAUCCAGACAGUAAAGAUGUUGCCAUGGAAACAGAAGAGGAGGAGGAGAUAUCAGAAAAUGUGUUAGAUACUGAAGGAUUUGAAAUGGUCCUACCUUCAGGUGCUACAAUUGGACACCGGUCGUUAUGGCGAUAUUACAAACAGAACCUUCCUCAAAGGACAUCAGAGGAGUCGUCUAGAGUACUGCCCAAAAUGCUGGCCCAAUACAGAGCUCUAGGCUGGACCGGAGCCUCGGGUGACGUUGCACAGACAAGGGUGAAAGACCUGGCAUACAUGCAGAGAAUGAAAAAUCGACAACACAUCAAACUGGGAAUGAAGGCAAACAAGUUCCAGCCUCACUUCAGAUGUCAGGUUAUGUUCUGAAGAUUUCACAUUCAAGAUCAAGAGGAGAAGGAAAAUAUUCCUUUGCAAAAGACAUUUGC